GACGUGCUUCACCCACCAAUCACCAUCUCGAUCAAAUUGAGAUUUUUCGUUGGGGCGCUCGAAGAUGGCAAGUGAAGGGGCGAAGGAUCCAUGGAAAGGAGAGGAGUGGGGGACGAGUGAGAAUCAGAAUCAGAAGAAGCAGACGAAGCCAAGUGGUGGUGGUGUAAAAAUGGUGGCGAGAGCGAGAAAACAGAUGCCGAGGGGACUCGAAGAGAAGUACGAAGCUUACUUCCUGCCGAGAAAGCCAUGGCCAUCGACUCUUGCCUUCUACGGAAGCUUCAUACUUGGUGGGAUCGGUGCUGGUAUGCUUAUAGAAGCUUGGAUCAACAAAAAGGUCAAAGAAGAUGGUGGAGUCGUUUGGGAAUUCGACAAGAAGUGAAAAAGAGAAUGCGAUUCAACUCUUCAGAUGUUUGGGUUUGUGUUUUUAAAUUUGUUGUUGUAGGCAAACGCAUUUUAUCUAUAGACAAAAGACUCUCGCUUGUUUUAGAACUACGCUGUAAUAAGAUACGCGACCAUACAUGUUUCAAACUGAAACGCAUUUAAGUUGUUCGACGAAA